AACCACAAACCAUAAUCCCACCUCCUCUGACUUUCCCCUUCUUCAACCUAUAUAAACUACUCCUCCUUUCUACUUUCCUCCCUUCAUAACUCACCACUCCUCCCAUUUCCAGCAACGUACUUUGCAAUUUUAGAAACAACAUACAUAUAUCUACAACUACAUUCUACUUGUUCAAAUGAGUAGCUCGGAUGAAGGCGGAAGCACAAGCAACUGCAGCACACCGGAUUCACAGAAGAAGUACAGAGGAGUGCGGCGUCGCAAGUGGGGGAAAUGGGUAUCGGAAAUCCGAGUGCCCGGGACCCAAGAAAGGCUCUGGCUCGGCUCCUACUCCACUCCCGAGGCGGCUGCGGUGGCGCACGACAUCGCGUCCUACUGCCUCCGCGGCCCUUCCUCGCUGGAGAAGCUUAACUUCCCGCUGAUGUUGCCCGCUGGUGUGCGUACGGGGAUGUCGCCAACGUCCGUGCAGAAGGCCGCCUCGGACGCUGGGAUGGCGGUUGACGCGCAGUUUGCGAUGAAGCAGCCGUCCGUUGACGUAACGGACGGUUGCGACGGGAAGAUGAUCAGUGGAGAGAACGUGGUCGAUGGUUUUGAAAACGAAAGGUGGCGAAAUGAAGAGGGGAGUUUUGGGAAUUGGGAGGGGAGGAGUAGUGAGGUGAGAGGAGGGGAGAGCUUGAAUAUUUCAGUUGAGGAUUAUCUGUGAGUAUAAGUGUUUACAAAGCAAAUAUUUUGGUCUUUUGGGGAAUAUAUAUAUACAGUUGAUAUACAAACGUAAAGGAAUAAUACGGGAGGAAUUAUUGGGCACGUGGUUC